GACAUCUGCACCAUUGACCUAACCGCUGCCUUGGCUGCAGAAUGCCAUCCCUGUCCCCCCAUGCUCUGUGUGUGUGUCUGUGUCUCUUGUCACCCUCACUCUCUGUCACGCCACUCAGGCAACGUGGGCCCAACCUGGCCUCCUCUGUGCCCUUUCACUUCCCCCCACCCCCUUCUUCUUGGGCUCAGGCUUGAACUCUCUGGAAGAGGAAAUGGCCCCUGCAAAACAGGAGUCUGUAGCCUUCAAGGGGGCAUAUGUGUGUAACACAUCACGAGUGUGUACAUAGAUGAGCGAGAAAGAAAAAGAAAGUUGGACCUAGUGGGUAGACUCUGCCUGUUUGAUGCAUUUCAACAAUUGGAUGAACACAUAGCUCCCCCUGCUGCAGGUGUGGGCCUGUGUGGCUCCAGGGACACAACAGUGUCACAGUGGACCUCCCUUCUCUCCUUGAGGAGUUGAGGCUGUGGUAACGGGAGACUGCUUGUGGACAGUGAACACAGUCCUCUCUAAGGAGAACAUAGCAGGGUUAGGAACUUGACUGGGAGGUCAUCCAAGGAAGCCUCUGGAAAAGACGGAGUUUGAAUAGGUGGGGUGAGGCAGGGAAAAGAGACAGCUAGCCCAGGCCCUGAGCAUGGGUGCAGUUUGGGGAACAGACUUGGCAGGCAGUGUAGUGGGAGAUUUGGUCAGGAUCUGGCCCAGGGUGGUUAUGUAUAAGUAUGGCAAGGUUGCCUGUGUGUGUGUGUGUGUGUUUGUGUCAGAUGGGCAAGGGGGGCAUCUCUGUCCCCAGCUACACGCAAGUAGGGAUCUGUACCAUGCCUGGAAGGGGUGUUUGCGCAAGUGUGUGUGUGUUGGGCUGGCAGUUUGCACAUCCACGGCUCCUGUCAGAGUCAGCAGGUGCCUGCUCUCCAGCCCUCUCUUGUUAACUCUCAUUCAUUUUCUUUCUCUCACCCUGUUGCUCUCUAUCCUCCUGAAGUGCGAUAUGGCCUGUCACCGCCUCUACAACCUCUGUUCUCAGGACUUUAUGUAUCUCCUUUCCUUCCCCCAACCUGAGUGCCCUUUAUAUCCCCACUACACCCCUGUUCAUGGGUGGCAGCCUCUUCCCUGGGCCCUGGGCAGCCCUCAGAGGGCCUGGUAGAUUGUACUAGGGAGGGGACCAUGAGAACACCACAGGGUAUGACCUUCACUCCCAGGGAACUGGCAGUGCAGGGCAGGAAACCCCCAGGGGCAUGAGCUGAUCAGUGUCUGGAGAGUCCAGGUGCAGAGAGCUUAGGGGGCAGGGGCCACAGGGGCCUUAGGAAGGAUCCAGACUGUGAUUUGAGCCAUGGGCAGAUGAGGCACAGUGAUGCAGCAAGCAGAGGGCAGCAAGAGGGGACACCUCUGGGCUCAUCAGGAAUCCCAGACCCCAGAGCCCUUUCUUUGUUCCUGGCAGCCCCUGUGUCCUCUUCCACCUCCAAGGCUGCCCCUUCUCCUAGCUGAGGUCAAGGCCCUAGGCCCACAGGGCAAGGAGAGGACCCACCUACUGGCAGCUGCAACAGAUUGUCCCCAUUUGUUACUGGGCCGAGCCACUGGGACCUGGAGAAGGAAAGGCAGGUGGGAGGAAAGGGGCCACCCGAGAAGACUGCAGGAGCAGAGCAGGCCCCAGGCCUAGCCUAGGGAAAGGGGCACCUUGAUAGCUGAUUAUAGCCAAUGCCUUUCCAGGGUCAGGGCCUGGAAGGGUCAAGGGAGGGUUGGCUCCAGGGUCCCUUACCCUGUUUCCAGCCCAUCCAGGGAGACUCCUAAUCCUGCAAUGAGCCUACCCUCCUGUCCCGGGCCCCUCUCUGGCCUGUGUCUUCAGUGCCGCCUCUGGGCAGCUGGGCCCUGAAUCUUGGCUCCUGUUUGUCUGUCUGUCUCUUUCCCUUCCACCUCCGAUGCCACCUGCCCAUCCCAGGGUGUCCGCUGUCUGCUGCUGCCUGCCUGCCUGCUGUAGCAUGCCCAAGCUGUCCGCAUGCAGGCUGCUGGGAAGAACCAGUCCCUGGCCCAGCACGAUCCCUGCCCAAUCCUGCUAGUCCCUGUAGAGGUUGUACCCCCAGGUCUUUCCCCAGAGGACAUAGGCACAGCCUUGAGUUUCUGCCUCUGCCCCUGCCCCCUUUGGCCCAAGCUCAACCUGCCAAGUGGAGAGGCUCUAGCUCAGCCCACUGACCAGAGGGGGUCCUCCCUGACCCCACAGCAAAAUGUGGGGGCAAGGCAGCUGGAAGUUGGAGUCCCAAGCUCACUGUCUGUCUAGGGUGUACCACCCCAGUCUUUUCUGGGGACCAGGUUCAGUGCUGCCAGCAAGGCAAGAGCCCAGGUUGAUCCUCCUCACAGGUGCCCCAUUCUUGCAUGGUCCAGAGUAGGGUGCUACAGCCUUGGCAUGAGACCUACACAGAGGCAGGGAGGAAGGGGACAUGCCAGGGGCUGCCUGGCCAAGGGAUACCAUCAGAUCCCUGCCUCAUUUCUCUGUCACCAUAGAUUGCAGCCCACCCCUCCCCACCAGGCCUACUCAGUCACCUUCCAGGUCAGGGUGAGAGAAGGCAUCCUGAGGAUAGCCCAGGUGUGGGGUGGGAGACCCCAGCUUCUCCUCUGGCAGCUAGGAAAGGGGGGGGCGGGGGAAGGUGAGGGUCCCAGCCCCUCCCCAAGUGCCGGGCCUGGAGCUGAGGCCAGCCUGGCACUGACCCCUCCCCGACACUGGCUCUCACUACCCCCAGCUCUGCAGCUCCCGCUGGCCAACGAUGGGGGCAGCCGCUCACCGUCCUCGGAGAGCUCCCCCCAGCACCCCACACCUCCUGCCCGUCCCCGCCACAUGCUGGGACUCCCGGCAACACUGUUCACACCCCGCAGCAUGGAGAGCAUCGAGAUUGACCAGAAGCUGCAGGAAAUCAUGAAGCAGACAGGCUACCUGACCAUCGGGGGCCAGCGCUACCAGGCAGAAAUCAAUGAUCUGGAGAACUUGGGUGAAAUGGGCAGUGGUACAUGCGGCCAGGUGUGGAAGAUGCGCUUCCGGAAGACAGGCCAUGUCAUAGCAGUCAAGCAAAUGCGGCGCUCAGGGAAUAAGGAGGAGAACAAGCGAAUCCUCAUGGACCUAGAUGUGGUGCUCAAGAGCCAUGACUGCCCCUACAUUGUGCAGUGCUUUGGGACCUUCAUCACCAACACUGAUGUCUUCAUCGCCAUGGAGCUCAUGGGCACGUGUGCUGAGAAGCUUAAGAAGCGGAUGCAGGGCCCUAUCCCCGAGCGGAUCCUGGGCAAGAUGACUGUGGCGAUCGUGAAGGCGCUGUACUACCUGAAGGAGAAGCAUGGCGUCAUUCAUCGUGAUGUUAAACCCUCCAAUAUCCUGCUGGAUGAACGGGGCCAGAUCAAGCUCUGCGACUUUGGCAUCAGCGGGCGCCUGGUGGACUCCAAGGCCAAGACGCGGAGUGCAGGCUGUGCUGCCUACAUGGCGCCCGAGCGCAUUGACCCCCCAGACCCCACCAAGCCAGACUAUGAUAUCCGGGCCGAUGUGUGGAGCCUGGGCAUCUCAUUGGUGGAGCUGGCGACAGGACAGUUUCCCUACAAGAACUGCAAGACGGACUUUGAGGUCCUCACCAAAGUCCUUCAGGAAGAGCCCCCACUCCUGCCCGGUCACAUGGGCUUCUCAGGGGACUUCCAGUCCUUCGUCAAAGACUGCCUUACUAAAGAUCACAGGAAGAGACCAAAGUAUAAUAAGCUACUUGAACACAGCUUCAUCAGGCACUAUGAGACGCUUGAGGUAGACGUGGCAUCCUGGUUCAAGGAUGUCAUGGCGAAGACCGAGUCACCGCGAACUAGUGGAGUCCUGAGCCAACACCACCUGCCCUUCUUCAGGUAGCUGCGUGGUAGCGGCCAGCCCCACAGGGGCCAGGGGCAUGGCCACAGGCCCCCCUUCUCACCCAGCUGCCCACCAGGGGAGACCUGGGACCUGGACGGCUGCUGAAGGCUGAGGACAGAAAGUAGGGGGCCACCCACUUACCCUCAACUCCCUGCCCACCAGCCAUGGACAGAUGGAUCCACCAGGCCCCAGCCCUUCCCAGCCUGGGGUCAGCCAGCUGUGCGUGUCCCCCUGACAGACACUGUGAACGGAUGACAACAAGCCACAAGCAGACUCACUAUUUAUUCAGUUGUAACCUCUGGGCUGGGGCAGCCCCCAGGGGCCAGGAGAGAGCCUCCCAGUCCCCAGCCCUGCUCCUAGCCUGCCGUCCUCACCAUUCCCCACGCACUUAUUUCUUCUGUCACCCCCUACCUCUGUCCUUGUCACCGUCCUUGCCUCUGCCACCCUCCUGGCACGAGGCUAUGCUCAGCCACCCCCUGGUGGGACCCCUGGGUCUGCUUAGGUCUCCAUGGGGUGAUGAGUCAUUGGCCUCCAGAAUGGCGUUGUGGCACUGAGACUAUAGCUGGUGGGGCUGGUCUUUCUCCCUCCUUCUCUCUCUCUUUGAUCUCAGGGGGUCCUUUUUGGAGUUUAUUGUAUUUUAUUGUACUUGGGUGGGGGGUGGCUGAGGAGAGUUUGUUCUCAUGGGGUUUGUUGGUACCUUCAGAAACUUUUACCAAAGUCAUGUUUAGCUGCUUGUGAAGGGGCCUCCCCAACUAUCCGUGGGCAAUGGGGGCUGGGCUGGGCACUGCGGCUGCAGGGCCUCAGGUGCUAGCCCUACGGGGAAGACCCCAGCUUGGGGCGAGUUGAAGACCUCAGGGGAUGUGGAGGUCCAAGGGGCCGUUGCCACACACAGGGUGGCCUUCAGGGAAGGUGGGCAUGAGGUGGCGGGAGCAGGAGGCCAGAAGGAAUUGAGGACAGGAGGGAGUUGGAUUGAGAGCUAAGGGAAUGGAUGUGAGGGUUCAGGGAUAUGUGAUAGGCUCCAGUGGGGGCAGGGGAACACCAGGCUGAGAGUGGGAGCAAAGUGUGGUCACCCCCAUGGUGCCAGUGUGCCUCGUCACACCUAGCCAGGUGUCCACCCCAGCUCACCUACUGCAGCAGCAGCCAGAGCAGGAGGGGAUGUGUUUCAUGUUUGUCGGUGGUGCAUGCAAAUCAAGUGGACGAAAAAAACAAAAUAGCAAAACAGAAAAAAAAAAAGAAAAGAAAAAAUAUAACCAUAGAACCACAAACAAAAUCCAACCAACACCAAAGGUGGGGAGCCUGGCUGGAGCAGCUGAAGCAGCAUAGGCUUAGGGUCGCCAUAUCCUCUUAUCUAUCGCAUUGACUCUAUCAUUAUUAUAGUCACAAAAUGCCGCAUGUUUAAAAAGUAAUAGAAUUCAUCUUCUCUCUGCCCUAGGGGGCAGGUGCGGGGAGGCUACCUGCUCUUGCCUCUAGCCCCCUUUGGAGGUGGGGGUUGACAGGCCUGGCCCCCGUGCUUUCUCCUGGGGGCCAGCCAUGCAGGCUUCUGCAGGUAGCCAGAAGGUCACUUGGCUGGUCCCAGGGCCAGCACAGGCCUGAGGCUGGCUACUUGGUUUUACUUUUAUUUAACUUGAUUUUCUGUUUCACGAGUGUGUCUGCCUGCCCCCAACCCCUUCAGUGUUACAUGGGAGCCCUGGGGGAGCCUCUCGUACCUCCCCACCCAUCCCCAGACCUCCCCUGGUCACCAGCCAUCCCUCUGAAGCAGGCAGAGGACAGACCUGGGCAGGCAGGAGCCUGGGGUUUGGCCUAGCCCAGCCCACUAGGCUGGACCCCUUCUCAGGCUGCUAGUAUUGCCCUGUCCGUUUUUAAAACAAAAUGCCCUUGUUUGUAAAUCCUUAGAUGCUUGAGAAUAAAUCCCUCCCUUUUCUUCCA